UUUCAAUGCAUGCAUGCAAGAAACCAAUGGCCGUUGCAAAAUUGUUAAGAAUCCAUUUCGCGACUCACAGGAUGAAAAUGUAGCCUGUGUCUGGCGAACGGGCGUCCCGAAAUUUUGUUCGACUCUUUCUUUUGGAUAAGUUAGAUCCAUCGUAAACCCAUUUAUUUUUUAUUCCAUGACUUCUCCACCCGAUAAAACGUUAGCAGAAAAUGACAGUAUUAGAAGCAGAAGAGGACACAGAUGAACGAUCUGCUCCCCCGAGGAAAAAGUUUUGCCUGUCCCUUUCAGGACGCAAUCGUAUUCUCGCGAAAACCAAUUCUCAGCCCCCUCGUGAAUCUGUCGGAGGGGGCGUCUUGGACCAACAAUCCAAUUCGUUCGGUACGAGCAAGAUGUUGAAUGGCUGCAGAAAUUAUUCAAAUAAUCAUCAAACAACCAACUGCGAUAUCAUGGGUCCUGGCGCAGACGGUUUGAGGAUAGCAACUUUGUGCAAUCUUGGGAACACUUGUUUUUUAAACAGCGUUCUCUACACUUUACGGUUUACUCCAUCCUUUCUACACAACCUACAUCAUCUUGCAAUUGACUUGUCAAGCCUAAACGACAAACACGUUCAAACUAAGAUGAAGUCCUCCUCUUUGGGCAGAACAGGCGUUUCGUUAUCGGCGAGUGGUAAUCGUAGUAUGAGCAGCAAGGAUUUGCUGGCAUUGGCUGGUCCCACAAACGAAUACAAUAAACCGAGGAUACAAGUGGCCACGGAAAAAUUGCACGAGCUUUUCAUGGCCCUCAGGGAGUCCGAAGUGAAGGAGAGCAACGAGCCUUACCAACCUGACGCAUUCCUGCAGGCUUUAAGGGAAGUUAAUCCUAUUUUCGAAGGAAAUCAGCAGCAGGAUGCGCACGAACUUUUGGUGUGUUUACUGGACAACAUCCGAGAAACCUUCCAACUGUUGGUGAGGCACAGAGAGAACCAAUUUGGCCAGAGCAACGGGGUCUUGCCAGACUUUUCUGUGGAGCGUGCGACAGAUCCUCAAUCUGACAGCAUAACUGCCAGUAAGCGGAGGACGAAAUCGUGGAAGAAGAAGGUCCUUCAAAAGGGAAGCACGAUUGGUAUGAUGCAAAAUCUAAACGGCCUUCAGUCUUCUUCGAAACCGGCGGAGAACGGUUUUUCCGAUUUUUUGGAAAGCAACGGAGAAGCGAAUCCUCAGCAGAGGCACGAAAGCAAAAAAUUCUUUAUUUCGGAGGACUUCGAAGGUGUUAGCUUACUGCGCACGACAUGUUUAGAGUGUGAACAAGUCACCGAAAGGAAGGAGAUCUUCUGCGAUAUCUCCGUACCUAUCGACAUUGAUCGAUCGAGCGACGAUGACGACGAUAAGAAGACGUUGGAUAGUAGCGAAGUCUACAGGAGAGCGGUAGUCACUAGCGAGUUACUCUGGGGCAGAGAUAAAUACUGGUGUGCGGGUUGCCUACGUUUAAACGAAGCUCGUCGAGCAGUUUGCUUCCCUUCUCUACCCCGACUUUUGAUAUUGCAACUGAAAAGAUUUUCCACUGCAGCUGGGUCGAUGGAGAAGAUCAACAAUUACAUGCCAACACCUAUGGUUCUUCAGUGUUUUUGCGAAGAGUGCUACAGCGAGCAGUCACAACGUAGCGGGUCAGCUCGAAGUGAAUCUCGACAUUCGUACAAACUUUACUCCGUAAUAAUGCAUCAGGGUGCAACAAUGACGGCCGGCCACUACGUUGCCUACUCGAGGCUUCCAGAUGAAACGACCGAGUACUGUCGCUGUGAUCGAGACAUAAAACGCCAAGCCCAGCCUCACCAUAGCGCCAGUAAUUCCGAAAAGUCAUCUAGCAUUUUAAAGUGUUUUAGUAGGAGUAAACCGAAUAUCAGCGAGAACAAAGAGACGUCAGUGAAGGCCGGGUGUCGAAGCGCGGAAUGCUGUGGCAUUCGGCAAGGAAAGCAUCCAGCACCUGGUUGGUGGCUGGAAUGCGACGAUGAAACAGUGCGCGUUAUUCCAGUGCGAGAGCUCCAGGAUAAACUCGCGCAUAGUCCACGAAACUCUGCUACUCCCUAUCUCCUCUUCUAUUAUCAGCAGGUUUCGGUGGAUCUCGUAAACAUGGUCUUUACGGCCUGUACGUAUCUCGCUCUCGCAGGGGCAGCUUGGAUUUUUUUGAGACUUCUUCAGGCUUGUUUUUGGCUUCCCCGACACCUGAAAAAACAAAAUGAUGUUCAACAACUUCUUCAAGACAAGGUAGAAAGUUACGAGAAGUACGUUCUAGAAUGCGAAGAGAAAGAAAAACUAUUGGAUAUGGAAGGGAAUUUGGAAAAAUCAGUGAAAAAUGAUGAUGCUAAACCCGAAGAUCCAGCAACUGCACAGAGGUGGAAAGAAAGAAGGGAUUGCUUGGAGAUGUUAAAGCGUGAGUUGAAGAGGGUUCGGGAUGGUGGAGAUCCUUAUGACUGGGAUCAUCUUCUUGAAGACACUGACGACGAAGAGAAAAAAGGUGAAUCUACCAUCACUGAAGUUGAGGACAAUGGAGAAGUAAAUGAGGAAGAAGUAAGGGUGGAAGAGGUGAAAGAGGAAAAUCCAAAGCCAGACGAAGAGAAUACCAGUUUCGAAAUGAAGAAAGAGAAAUGAGUAGGUAAAUAAGACAUGCGAUGAUUUUCCUUAUUCGAAAUAAAAAGAAUAUCAGAAAAGCUGGGAUUGACUAUUAUGUAGGGUACGGCUUGGAGUCUCUAAUUAACAUUUUUUUUAUUCCUUAAUUUUAUCACACUUUGCGAAGUGACUCUUGAGAUUAUGAGGGAAAUUUCUAGCAGUCUUGUCAGUCACUACAAUUUGUAUCUCGCUUUUUAUAAUCACAAAAAGAGAUUCUUAAAGUUUGUAGAAAGCCAUUGGUCAAAAUCACUUUUAGUUUAUUAAAAAUGCUCAAGCAAUUUU